AUGCGCGGACUGGGUUACACCGUCGUCGUUUUGGCUCAGCCACCCACUUGGCGAAAUUUCAUCGUCGAUCCAUCAAGGACAAGCUCCCGAUCGACAAUCACCUCAAAUCUCGGCCACCUGGGCCUCCAAUAUCAUCAGAAUACCCUGUGCAAAGGUCAUUCACUAUCCUCAACAACCAAUACCUCAAGUCCAAACGCUCAGCUUUCUGAAACCUCUGCGUCUUCCGGAUAUUGGAUGUGUGCUCAGAAGCUUGAUGGAGGCAAUGCAAACGAUAUCGUGGCGCUGUUCCUCGGCUCUCAACGGAUCGCGCCGCUAGUCGACAAGGACUCCCGAACUCCCGGUGAAGAUCGUCGCUGGACAGGAUCAGACACUACGCGCACGCGCAUGCAGUACUAA